AUGCUGAGCAAGGCUACCGAGGCCCGUAUCGUGUUAGACGCUUUGGACGAGUCGACCACGAGGAGCGACGUGCUUGCUUGGAUCAGGGACGUUCUUGAGGCCGACUCAUUUGCAUGCCAGAUUCUAGUAAUUGCCAGAAGAGAGGAGAAUGUCGAAUCAGCUCUUCAACAUUGGAUGCGACCUGAAGAUAGGAUAGGCAUCCAACACGAUGGCAUCAACGAAGACAUAAGAGCGUUCUGGUGGGUAUCCUGCCAGAUUGAUGCUUUGAAGAAUUGUCGCAACUAUUCUAAGCUCAAGUGGGCCUUGAACAGCCUCCCUAAGACGCUUGACUGGGUACUAAUCCUGCUCGUUGGUACCUAUGAUGUUAUCUAA